GCGGCGGAGCGGCGGGAGGCGGAGCGGCGGCCUGCGGAGGGUGUCCGGGCGCCCCAGGGCCCACCGCGACCUCCCGCCCCCGCUGUCACGGGGCGCGGGCUCCGCUCGCCCCUGGUCGCACGGGCGCUCCUCGCCCUCCCCCGCGCGGUCGCGGAGCGGGUCACGGCGGCGGCGGAGCGGCGACACCGGCACCAGGUCAGCUGGAAUACUGCUCCACUCACAUGUGGAAGGAUUCUGUCAAGAAACCACCAACUUCUGUUUGUUCUGGUGGACAAACAGCUCGGCUGCUGCGAUGGCCGCACUGCUCGGAGUCGCGCUGUUUGUCUCGCAGGCCCUAGCACAGGGUCACCCGUAUCUUCUGAACGUCUGACUGGCUCUCUUUGUUGGACACAAUGGUUUUGGACGACCUACCAAACGUGGGAGAUACAUGUGCAUCCUUGUACUCCUCGGCUAUGGAAGACUUAGAGGUGGAUUUGGAUUCAGGACUGGAGGAAGACGAACUGAAACAGGAGGUUGCUCCUGAAGAUUCCACAAUCUUUGUAGCUUUUAAAGGAGAUAUAGGGGAUAGAGACUUUGAACAGAAACUGAGUGUUAUAUUGGAGAAUGUACCUGGCCUUCUACACAUGGAAUCCAACAAGUUAAAGCUGCAGAAAAUAGAGCCCUGGAACAGCGUACGUGUCACCUUUAACAUACCCCGUGAAGCAGCGGAGCGGCUGCGCAUUCUGGCUCAGAAUAAUAACCAGCAGCUCCGUGAUUUGGGGAUUCUCUCAGUUCAGAUCGAAGGGGAAGGUGCUAUCAACUUAGCUUUAGCUCAAAAUAGAAGCCAAGAUGUCCGAAUCAAUGGGCCCCUGGGAGCAAACAACUCAGUACGAAUGGAAACUGGAUUUCCCAUGCAAGGGGGACAAGGUUUAAUAAGAAUGAGCAAUGCUGCAGCCGUUAUGAUGUCCCAGAGUGGAAGCGUACCGUCCUCUAUGGUAGCAGGUGGUGCUAGUACAGAGCUGCAGCCAAGAACACCUCGACCUUCCUCACAGCCAGAUGCAAUGGACCCACUUUUAUCUGGGCUAAAUAUCCAGCAGCAAAAUCAUCCAUCUGGAUCUUUAGCUCCACAGCUCCAUUCAAUGCAAUCAGUUCCUGUAAACAGGCAAAUGAACUCAGCCAACUUUCAGCAACUACAGCAACAAACACAGUUGCAGACACGUCCUCCCCAGCCACAUCAGCAGCCACAACAGGGUAUUCGACCUUCGUUUACUUCACCAGCACAGGUUCCGGUUCCCCCUGGCUGGAACCAGCUUCCUUCAGGAGCACUUCAGCCUCCUCCAACCCAGGGAGCACUGGGUACAUUGACAGUAAACCAGGGUUGGAAAAAGGCCCCAUUACCUGGACAAAUGCAGCAGCAACUUCAAGCAAGACCAUCUCUAGCCACAGUACAAACUCCUACUCAUCCUCCACCUCCAUAUCCUUUCGGAAGCCAGCAAGCUUCCCAAGCUCACACAAACUUUCCCCAAAUGAGCAAUCCUGGCCAGUUUACUGCUCCUCAAAUGAAAAGCCUUCAGGGAGGGCCCUCGCGCGUUCCUACACCACUACAACAACCCCACUUGACCAACAAGUCUCCUGCAUCCUCUCCCUCCUCCUUCCAGCAGGGAUCCCCUGCAUCAUCUCCAACAGUUAACCAGACGCAGCAGCAGAUGGGACCAAGGCCUCCCCAAAGUAGCACGCUUCCCCAGGGAUUUCAGCAGACUGUCAGUUCUCCUAGUCGUAAUCCUAUGGUGCAGCAGGGGAACGUACCUCCCAACUUCAUGGUGAUGCAGCAGCAAAACCAAGGUCCACAAGGUUUACACUCUGGCUUAGGAGGAAUGCCCAAGCGCCUCCCUCCCGGGUUCCCUGCGGGCCAAGCUAACCAGAGCUUCAUGCAAGGUCAGGUGCCUUCCACAGCACCGGGAACACCGGUGAACAGCGGAGCUCCACAGCUACAAACCAGCCAAAAUGUGCAGCACGCAGGUGGCCAAGGAUCUGGGCCUCCUCAAAAUCAGAUGCAAGCACCACAUGGCCCACCGAAUAUGAUGCAGACCAAUUUAAUGGGGCUUCAUGGAGGUAUGAACAACCAGCAGGCUGGUGCUAGUGGAGUGCCGCAAGUUAACAUGGGCAACAUACAGGGACAGCCUCAACAAGGACCACAGUCUCAGCUUAUGGGAAUGCAUCAGCAAAUUGUAUCCUCUCAAGGACAGAUGGUAAAUAUUCAGGCUCAGGGAUCGAUGAACCCUCAGAACCAGAUGAUACUUUCUCGAACUCAGCUCAUGCCACAAGGCCAAAUGAUGGUAACACCACAAAAUCAAAAUCUUGGUCCCUCACCCCAAAGGAUGACCCCACCCAAACAGAUGAUUUCCCAGCAGGGACAGCAGAUGAUGUCUACACACAAUCAGAUGAUGGGACCUCAAGGUCAGGUCUUGUUACAGCCAAACUCGAUGAUGGAACAGAUGAUGACCACUCAAAUGCAAGGAAAUAAACAGCCUUUUAAUACUCAAAACCAGUCCAGUGUUAUGUCGGGGCCAGCUCAACUGAUGAGAGGACCAACUCCAAACAUGCAAGGAAAUAUGGUGCAGUUCACUGGGCAGAUGAUGUCUCAGCAAGGCCCUGUGAAUGGUAACCCUUCUCAGGUUAUGGGAAUACAAGGGCAAGUUUUAAGACCUACUGGGCCUGGACCCCAUAUGUCUCAGCAACUUGGGGAUACUACUACUGCAGCAAAUAAUGACGUGAACAUGACACAGAUGUUACCUGAUGUUCCCGUGCAGCAGUCAAACAUGGUGCCUUCCCAUAUGCAAACAAUGCAAGGAAACAACAGCACUUCGGGGAGUCACUUCUCUGGCCAUGGGCUGCCGUUCAAUUCUGGGUUUAGUGGAACGCCAAAUGGGAAUCAGAUUCCCUGUGGACAGAAUCCUGGUUUUCCUGUCAAUAAAGAUGUCACGCUCACAAGUCCACUCUUGGUUAACCUUCUGCAAAGCGAUAUAUCGGCAGGGCACUUUGGUGUGAACAACAAACCAAAUAGUCAGAAUGCCAGUAAGCCUAAAAAGAAGAAGCCUCCAAGGAAAAAGAAAACUAAUCAGCAACUGGAACAAACAAACUCUUCAGAACCGCGUUCAGGCAGCCUGGAGGAGAGCGAUCAGUCAUCAGCAUCUGGAGAUCAAGGAAUCAACUUAGACAAUUCAGGCCCUAAACUUUCAGACUUUGGAAGCAGGCCGCCAGGUUAUCCUUCUCAGCCGGUGGAACAAAGACCACUUCAGCAGAUGCCACCUCAACUCAUGCCACACACACAGCAGCCACAGCAGCUGCAACAGCAGCCACAGCUGCCAUCACAGCAAGCUCAGGCACCACCACAAACACCGCAGCAACAGCAGCAGAUGAUGAUGAUGCUUAUGAUGCAGCAGGAUUCCAAAUCAGUCAGGCUUCCUGUACCACAAGGAGUUCAUCCACCUCGAGGGCCUCUGAAUCCAGAUGCACAACGAAUGCCCAUGCAGCAGAGCGGUAACAUGCCAGUAAUGGUCAAUCUACAAGGCCCUGGAUCUGUGCCUCUGUCUCCUGAUAAACAGAGGAUUUCCUUGCCAGGCAAUCCUUCUCUGGGAGGUAAUGCAAGAAAAAUGGUUUAUCAAGAUAAUGUACAGAAUCCUUCCAGCUCACCUCUGGGAGAGGUUUCAUCCGUAUCUUCCCUUCCAGAAGGAGGUGGAACGGAAGGCCCCACAGCAUCAGGAGCUCAGAAUAAUUUGACAUCUCAUUUAGUAGUUUCACAGAACCAAUUAAUGAUGACGGGAGCUAAACCUGGACCAUCCCCGCUUUCAACCACCCCAGGCGCAAGUCCUCAGCAGCAAUCUAAUUCUCUGCCUGGAUCUCUUGCACACCAUUUUCCUAACGUUGCUACCCCAUCACAAACAUCAAGGCCUAAAACCCCAAACAGAGCAAGCCCAAGGCCAUACUAUCCUCAGACUCCUAAUAACCGCCCACCUAGCACAGAACCCUCAGAAAUAAGCCUGUCUCCAGAGAGACUCAAUGCUUCUAUAGCUGGUCUUUUCCCUCCCCAAAUUAAUAUUCCUUUACCUCCCAGACCUAAUCUCAGUAGAGGAUUUGAUCAGCAGGGUCUUAAUCCUACUACUUUGAAGGCUAUUGGACAAGCCCCAUCAAAUCUCACAAUUAACAAUCAGUCCAGUUUUGCUUCUCCACAGUCACACAAAUUGGAAAGUGUUGUUGUUAAUUCAGGAAAGCAAACCAAUGCUGGAGGAACAAAGAGAGCAAGUCCAAGCAAUAGUCGAAGGUCCAGUCCUGGAUCCAGCAGGAAAACAACACCAAGUCCUGGUAGACAGAAUUCAAAAGCAGCAAAAUUAUCGUUGACUACUCCACAGAAUCCAUCUCUCUUGCAGAAUGUAGAUAUGCAGAGGAAUAUAAUGGUUGGUCCUGCUUCCUUGCCAACACCUGUUACUACAAGUUUUCAGAAUAAUAACAUGCUAAGUAAUCAGAGUCCAGCAGUUUCUGCACCUGCUAUGACUGGCCUUCCUGAAGACAAUAAGGAGAGCCUCAGUGUUCCUCAAGAUAAUGAAUGUCAAAGUGCACAAACUGUCCAGGGUAACAAAGACCAGCCCAGCAUUGAACUGAAAGGUGUCCCAACUCCAGAAAUAAAAAUGCUGGUUCCAGGGGAGCAGUCAAAAAAGGAUGGGCAGGCCUUAGACACGGGUAAGCUUCCAGCUUUGGAGGAAAGUAAAACCAUGGUAUCUCCGGCUAUGAGGGAAGCACCAACUUCUUUAAGUCAACUUCUUGAUAAUUCUGGAGCUCCUAAUGUAACCAUUAAGCCCCCAGGACUGACUGGUCUUGAAAUGGCACCAGUAGUCACCACUGUGGAAGAGAUAAAAAAGGUAGCUGUCAUUCCUCCACUGCAAGAUGCAUCCUCUAGCAAAGAGCCAUCUAAUUCACUUAGUUUGCCUCAAAGUAAUGAACCCUGUUCAAAUCCAGGACUUCAGGAACCGGGAGAAAUAAACUCAAAUGUUACGCAGAGUGUUACUCCAGUAAUGCAAAGGCCUGUCAGUUCUUCUAUUUCAACUCCCUUACCGCCCAACCAGAUAACAGUUUUUGUAACUUCAAACCCCAUUACAUCUUCUGCUAAUACAUCAGCACCAUUGCCAUCUCACUUGCAACCUGCAUUAGUGUCUACUGUUGUCACAAUGCCUAACGUAGGAAACAAAGUAAUGGUUUCCGAGGGACAGUCGGCAGCUCAGUCUAAUGCACGGCCGCAGUUCAUUACACCUGUUUUUAUAAACUCUUCCUCAAUAAUUCAGGUUAUGAAAGGCUCUCAACCAAGUACAAUUCCCACAGCCCCCAUGACAUCGAAUUCUAGCCUAAUGCCUCAAUCAGUUGCAGUUGUGGGCCCUUUACAUAUACCCCAGAACAUCAAGUUUUCCUCUGCACCUGCUCCUCCGAGCACAUCCUCUAGCAGCCCUGCUCCUAGUAUUCCCACGAGCCGGCCACUCGUUCUUAAUCCCUUGACACCCCCUGUUCAGCUGCCAUCUCCUGCUACAACUACUUCAAAUGUUCCUUCACAUCUUCCUGCUCAGCCAGCAAAAGACUCGAGCCCUGAAGAAGCUGCUUCUCAGAGCAGUGGAUCAAGUGACCAGUGCCCCGUUACAGCCACGCAGCCUGGACCUGUGGUUUCACCUCUUCUUACUAGUAGUCCAGGACCCGGGAACAGACGAAGUCCUGUUUCUUCUAGUAAAGGAAAGGGAAAAGUAGACAAAAUUGGCCAACUCCUUCUGACAAAAGCAUGCAAGAAAGUCACUGGCUCCCUUGAGAAAGGGGAAGAGCAGUACACCUUGGAUGGAGAAGCAGAAGGUCAGGGGCCAGAAACAUCUGUCCCAAGUAGCUCGGGAACAGAGCAAUCACCAGCAGAACUAGACAAUAAAACUGUGACACAUCCAGCACCCAGUCAUACAAAACAGAGCACUUCUGGGCCUGGCAAUAUGAGUGUCAGCACUGCUGCUGCUGUUUCUGCUUCUGUAUCUCCAGGCUUAACAACAAGCACUCCUACAAGUUCACUGUCAGUGGUAACCACUCCAGCAAUCCCAGAGCUUGCACCUGCAACACCAAGCACAAAUGGCAGUAACCAUGGCAGCUUACCAGCUGAGCAGACUGGGGGUGGCUUGGUGGAGGACAAAACAGAAACACAUCAGGAACUGCUACAAAAUGCAGCAUCCUCUCAACACUUAACGCAGAAAAAAAGUUCAGUUGCCACAUCAGAAAGUACUGUUCAAAGAACAGAACUUGAAACAAAUGCUCCAGUAGUUGCUGGUCAAAGACUUCAGUAAUGGUGGCACCUGUGGAAAACAGAGCAGACAAUUUAUAAUGCAUCUAAUUUCUUGGUCUUCUAAUGUUGAAAAUAUUCUCUUUGAGGACUUCUCAAUUCUGUAUCCUCUGAUAAUUUUUAAUAGAAAUGGACUAUACUCUGACUUACUCAGGUCAUUCUUCAUCUGAUAAAACUUCUGGUAUCUCUAGCAUUUCAUAUCUUCAGUGCUAAUAGUCCGGAACUGGUACCUGUGUCGGUCCAUCCUUCAGCUUGUCUGAGUUGCAUAGAAAAACGUAAUUCUUCUUACACUUCAUCAGAAAUAUUUUGUCCCACUUUAUUAGUAAUGAGACAAAAGAGAAUUGUGAAAAGUCUAAAACUCCAAGUAGAAGAAAUUCAAGAACAGAGGAUUCUGCCGCUUCACAGGAAACUGUAGAGAAUGGACAGCGCAAGAGGUCCUCCAGACCAGCAUCUUCAUCCAGCACUGCAAAAGGUAAAACAAACGCACAGCCAUCAUUUCUGUGGACGGGGCAGGAAGUAAGGUGCUUCCCCAAAUAACCCUUUUGAUAACUGGCUCGUAACUGUGGUUGGUUUACAGUUUAUAACUGUUAUGUGCUUCUAACUCUAGUUUCAAUGGUUUCAGACGCAGGUCGCUGUUCACGUGUUUACCUAAACCUGUACUGGCGGUGAAUCUUGUAUGGAUUUCUUAUUGUUACAUUUGUGGAACAGGUUUUCUGCAGUACUAAUUAACAUAGUAAUUGGCAAGCUUGCCUAGGGGAAGUUGAAAUUCUCAUUACAGAAAUGUGUCAUUAGUGGACUGUGCUUGAGUUAAAAAGCAUCUUUUUUUUUUCUUUUUCCCUGAAAUCUUGUCAGACGUGAGAAAAAUACUUCAGUCAUUCCAAGCAUGCGGUCAGCUUUUGCAAAGCCAAAUGCCUGUGUGCAGGCACACAGAGUGCUGCCCAGCUGGCAGCCUGCGGCACACAGGGGUGCACCCCUGGGUGUCCUUCCCAGGAACACCCAAACCCUGAGAUCACAGGCAGCAGCCUCUGCUGCUGGCAGAUACCACGUGCCUUACUUCCGUGUGGGCUGCAGCCUUGCACAAGGUACACAGCAGUCGUGAAGUGUGCACUUUUGUUACCAAAAUGCACAACCCAUGGUGCUGCUCUGCAGUUCUGAAGGUAGCAGUGACAGCUCCUGAUGUGUAAGGGUCAGAGCAGAUCUGAUGGACACAGGCUGUGUGAGGGGUUAGAGAGACCAGCAUGAGGAAAUGUUCGACCAAUAUUUUAAUGAUGACUUGCAGAGCACAGAGGUAUUAAUACAUCAUCAUUGUAAAAAGAAGCCAAGUUGAAUUCAGCAGCCAUUUUCCAUAUUGAGGAUACCAAAGUUUGCUGUUAAGCAUGUUUGCAUCUAUGAGAGCCUGAGAGUCUUCCAACUGUAUGUAACCUUGCAACAACACAUGGAGGUUCCUCUGUGUUCUGCAGUUCUGUGGCUGCUGGAUUUAAUUGGAGCUCCCUCUCAUAGCAGGGUUGUGCAGCAGUCUGUAUUGUAACGCUAAGUUAUCUUUCACGAUGUGAAGAAAAGGUUGGAAAAUGCAAAGCAAAUGUGAAAUGAUUGGGUGAUACCUUGGGGAGCUCGAGGCUGUCUGAGGUGCUGUAAUGAGUGAACCUAAAGAUGACAACCAGAGGCACUUCAAAUUCUGAAAACACGGGAACACAAAAGAACAUUCAAUUUAAAGAAUAGCAGCACUUUUGUAGGGGCCUCGUACUGACGGUGCUGUUUGUUCAUCUCUGUAAAUAAAAUAGUUGUUUUUGAAACCAGUAUGUGGAAGCACCAUCGUUCUGAGGGCGUUGCAGCAGCCUGGCUUGCUGUGUGCUGCUCCCUGCUGUUGCCUUGUCUCCAUGUGAGCCAUUGCCUGCUGCAGAGCUUUGGAGCAAACAGGGCGCUUCUGUGGAAGGGCACGGGAUGAAGGAUAAGUGAGAUGGAGUGUGAGGGGUGAGGAGAGGUGUGCUGUGUGCCUGCUCUCUGCUGUGCCUUUAUUGGCGACACAGCUCAAAGAAGCCUGUACGUUUUGUACAUGGCCUCCGCCUGGAUGUGUGUGAUCUGUGUCCCAAGAAAGUUGUUAAUCUGGCUUAAGGAGAGUACAGGGUUGGGGAAAAAAAUAAACAAAAGUGGAUGCUGAUUGAGGACAUUAUUUAACAACAACAACAACAACAACAAAAAAAAAAAAAAAAAAAGUAGCAUUUAGGGAAAACUUGAGCACAGCAGGGAGAAAAAAGGGUUUGGGGCCGGGUGCUGCAAAUGAGCCACAGAGUAUUGGCAAGGAUAGGCUGUGAUGAUGGGCUCUGCUGGGGGGGCAGCAGAAGGCAGCAGGGAGCAGCUGCUGGAAGUCGGCACUGCCCAGCAGGGUAUGGUCCCACGUCUGGAAACUGGUGCUGUGCUGGGGUUUGCAUCUGUUAGAACGCCCUGCCAGGAAGGGCUGCCUCAGUGCUGACUGUAGCUUUGGGUUUGUGAAACUUGGGAUAUUUUUGUAAUACGGCGCUUAAUGGCCAUGGAGCUUUUCUAGUUUACUGGAAAAUACUGCCAAGAGCCAAAGACACAUCGCUGAUGUUUCCAAUUGCAUAUUUAAAUCAUCUGAAGAUGCAGAUGCCUUUAGUUGUUACUCAGUUUUUUUUACUUUUUGUUGUGUUCUGAAAUGGAAACGCAGUGCCUUGGUAAGUGCACUGAAAACACCAAAAACACCCCCCGCUUUCGCUGUAGCCUUGCCUCUGCAAGUGCUUCUGUUGUUCUGGUGAGGUACCGCGUUGUGCCCUUCUGCAUAAGCUGUUUUCCCUGUGACUCAUAAUGUGCACUGAAGAGACUUGUUUUCUAGUGGCCUGGUUCUCUGAGGGCUGGGACCGUGAGGUCCCCAAGGUGUAUGGCAGGCUCAGAUCAGAGCCUGGGUUUCCCAGCAGCGCCAUCUCCAUGUGCUGUGCUUGGAUCCGAUUUCUGCAGGCUGUGUGCAGCGCAGUGGCUGUUUGUGGAGCCCUGCUGCGUGCAGUGGCUGAGCGAGAUGUGAGCUGUGUGAGACUCACGUUAGAGAGCUGAAGGUGCACAACUGCUGUUUUCAAGGCCGUGCUGCUGCGCCCAGCUGUGCCACAGAAGGUGCUGGCGGUGCUCAGGGUGCAGCCUGCAUUGUGUGUUGUGAGGGGUUGUCCCCGAUCCCUCCCCGCUGUGACUUUAGGAUGGUAGGAGAGCGAUCUGUGCACCUCACAUGAAUGGUUACCGACUGAGCAUCCAUGCUUCUUUUCUUCUCUUGAUUUCAGAAACGAGUGCCAGUGCAAUGCAGUCAAAAAGAAGAAAAUCCAAGUAAAUUACUGCAUGGAAACAUGAAACUUGUAAAUGAGUGUGAAUUUACCAAUAGCAAUUUUUGAGCUGUGAUUUUUCUUUUUUAAAUAAAAUUCUGUACAGUAAGUCAUUUUAAUAUUGUUCCGCUCCCAAGAAAUGCUUUUGGGGGGUGGGUUUUUGUUUUUCUAAAGACCAGAUAAAUAGAUAUAAAAACAGAAUUGUUUUUAAAGCCCCCUGAAUGGAGAGGAUGAAGUCCAGGUUAAACACUUGAGCUUAAUGUGUUUGUAAGAAAGGGGAGGGGGGGGGAGGCAAUUGUAAAUGUCUUUGUUUCCACUUUUCAUAAACAAAUUAGAAUACAGGGUUGUCAUUUUUAGGUAUAAAAAUAACGUGUUGUGCUGUUGUUUAAGUACUGUAUGUGAAUAGCAGUGAGAGGGUUAUAAACGGACCCAGUUUUUGUUUGGAAAUGUAAAUAAUUUUAUUAUUAUAUAGUAGAUCGGAUGUAUUUGUUGUAGAAAUGGACCAGUGACACAAAAAUGACUUUAUGGGUUUGUACAAUGUGGAAUCCCUCAUGCUCUAAAUAAAUGUUAUUGUCCUAUAA